AUGGCCUGUUUGAGUAAGGACUCGAAGGGAGUGGAUGUCAUUAGAAGAGCUGAAAAGGGCUAUUUAUCGGCUCUUUUACAUGUAGAAGCCAUUGAGAGGCAUUGGGGAGGUGGCAAGAACAAAAUUGUCGAAGACUUAAAAGACGAGAUUGUCAAGCGGGCUAUUCUUAUGGCUAUGGAAAAUAGGCAAUCGGAAAACUGCCUUCCCGACUUGCUGAAGGGAGCUGCUGAAGAAGGUCUUAUUAAUUCAAGUCAAAUAUCAAAGGGAUUUGGCAGAAUUAUCUACUCUGUUGAUGACUUAUCAUUAGAUAUACCAAAUGCAAAGCCGGGGAAUCAAGCCGUUGAAGACAUUAGGAUUAAAUCCUUCAAGAUAAAUGCUCAGUCGAUAAUUAAGGAGUACUUUUUCUCCAAAAAAAAUCGAGAGAAGGAAAUGGCUUCUAUUUUGUUGUCAUCGUUAUGUUUCCCAUCGGAAUAUGUGGUUAGCGGAUUUACUAUGUUAUUAGAAUCAGCCGAAGACACUACUUUAGACAUUCCUAGUGUUGUUGAGGAUUUAGCAAUGUUUUUUGUACGAAAAGUUAGUAGACAGAACAAGAAGAAGAUGGGGUUGUCAGGCACAAUGGAGUACUUGUCUGAUCUGCUUAGCACUGUUAAAAAUGGAGCGAAAUCUGUGGAGGUGGACUUGAAGAACCAGAAGGCAACAGUGACAGGUUUUGUUGAUCCCAAAAAGGUGUUGAAAGCUGCUAAAGCAACUGGGAAAAAAUCUAAGCCAUGGCCAUAUGUGACAUACACAAUGAUAGCUCACCCUUAUGUUGCUGGAGUUAAUGACAGAAAGGCAACUCCAAAUUAUGUUAGAGACACUGAUGAUCCAGCUAUUGCAACUCUUAAUCCAGUUGAAGAACAGUACAUUCUCAUGUUUAGUGAUGAUAAUCCAAAUGUAUGUUUGAGAUUAACCUUGGAAUUCAUGCUCUUAAUCUUUCUUUUGGUUAAUUUCUUGUAA